AUGAUCGCAGACAACGGAGUGAAACUCGUCCUGGGUUCCGCCACGGCCUUCUUCGAUGGCCCUCUUGAGAAAGCAGUUGACUUCCUCAACUUCGCCAAAGAGCUUGGCUUUGAUGCUGUCGACACAGCCAAAAUCUACGGCAACAACGAAGAACUGCUGGGCCGAGCCGGAGCUGCUUCGAGCUUCACCAUCGACUCCAAGACCCCAGGGUCUUUCGGCCCCGAGCCUAGCAGCAAAGACGUCGUCAUCAGAGAUGGACAAGAGAGCCUGAAGAAAGUUCAGGCUGAGAGUCUCGACGUCUACUACAUCCACGCGCCCGACCAACGGGUCCCCUGGAAAGAAACCCUCAGCGGCCUCGACGCCCUCCACAAACAAGGCGUCUUCAAGCGCCUGGGCAUAUCCAACUUCCUGGCGCACGAAAUCGACGAAAUCGUGCAAAUCGCCAAAGAAAACAACUUCGUCGUCCCCUCCGUCUACCAGGGCAACUACUCGGCCGUCGCCCGGCGCACCGAAAACGAGAUAUUCCCCACUGUCCGCAAGCACAACAUGGCCUUCUACGUGUACAGCCCCAUCGCAGGCGGGUUCCUGUCCAAGUCACGCGACGAUCUGUUCGCUUCCGGGAGCAGGUUUGCCGAGGGCAAUCUGCUUGCGACGAUCUACCGGCCGAUGUAUACCAAGCCGAGCUUUUUGCGGGCGCUGGAUGAGUGGGAUCGGAUUGCAAAGGAGGAAGGGGUUGCAAUGGCGGAGCUGGCGUAUCGUUGGAUUGUGUACCACUCGAAGUUGAGUCCUGAGUUUGGGGAUGCGGUGAUUGUGGGGGCGCGGAGCCAGGAGCAAUUGAGGGCGACUGUUGAGGGGGUAAAGAGGGGUCCGUUGAGUAAGGGGGCUGUGAGGAGGAUUGAAGAGAUUUGGGAGGGGAUUAGGGAGGAUGCGCCGUUAGAUAAUUCGGACCUUCACCGGGCUGGUGUCCACUGGUAA